AUGGCGCUGGCUGUUGAGCGAACAUCGGAAGAAAGUCGGUGGCCUGCCCCUGCUGAAGAUAUUGAAAGAUGGAAGUUGCACUGCCUGAAGCUAAGUGACUUGCCAGUUGAGCAGGAUGAGUCAUCGACCGAGUCCCCCGAGGAUAGAAAGGCGUGCAGUGGACCCGCCCCGGGGGCAGCCGAGAUCUUCUCUUGCCGCGAACAAGUCUUCCUCACAGGAGGCCUCGUCUGCCGGGAUCAAACGCCUCGUCAGCGCGAACAGCAGGAAGGCCAACGGCAUGCAGGAAGUUCGGGAUAUGUUGUUCAAGUCGCCAACCGUAUUGCCCAAAACUGUGAUCUGCCUUGUAAGGAGGCCGUUGAGAAGCAAGGUUCGGGGCGUCUGCGCCGGUCUGGGGACCAAACUGAGAGGACUGUACCUCUGCCCAGCCACCAUGACUCGUCUGCAGGACCACGAACAAUCAAGCGCGGAGCUGACUCGAUGUUGCAAGCUGCAAGCAAGAAAGCUAAAGAGUCGUCUGCUCGAGCAAAGAGUCCUCCAGUCGCGCGAACUGCUGGUUUGGGGAUUGGUGAUAACUCUGUUGGGGGUGAGCCUGUGUCUGAUCUGCUGAAAACGGGCUUUCUAUCAAGUCCAUCUGCUUGUGCUAAGCUAGCUGACCAUGUGUAUCGAGCUGCUGAUCUUUGUGCCUUCUCGAGCCUUCCCUUGGAUAAACAAGAAGAAGCUGCCCUGUAUCAUCUUCAAAAAGGGAUGGUUUUUGUUGUUGGGGCUAUGCAGAACUCGCAUGAUGUUGCCCCUCUUCUGCCCUGCUUGACGAGCUGGUGA